CAUACACAAAUCCAAAGGUGUACAGUGACYCACUUCCAAAAACAACAUAAAACUGCAGAGAUUAUCCCACUGCUGCCACCAGUGUAGCUAUCAAGAGGGAACAGCGUGGGCCUUGAACCAGUGACCCUGUAGUUAUGAGAUAUGAGGCGCAAUGCCGUCUGUCCCUCAAGUAGGAAAGCUCACCUGCUAACUCAUUCGUCUGUUAAAGUGAGACUGGUUUUCUCUGUGUUUUUCAGCUGUUCCUGUCCAGGAUCACGAUGGCUCCAUGUCAAGGCUGCCUCCCAAGAAGAAGACACCCGCAGAGUUGGAAAAGGAGGGUUUUUAUAGCAUGGCCAGCGAGUCCAGAGGUGUCUGUGUGAUCAUCAACAAUGUGGACUUUGGGAAUAAAAAGAGAAAGGGAUCAGACAUUGAUGCUGAGGCGCUAGCAAAAGUGUUCAGCUGGCUGAAGUUCAGGGUGGUGAUGUGCAAGGACAAGACUGCAGUGGAGAUUCCCAUUGUGCUGAAGGUCUUCUCUGAGCUGAAGCAGUUAUCUGACCUGCAACAGUGCGGUGUGAAGGAGUGGGUCAGCGGUCAGUUCACUGAUCUAAAGGAUCUUCCUAAGCAUGGCGAUGCCUUCGUCUGCUGCAUUCUGAGUCACGGAGAAAAGGAGGGCGUCUGUGGCACAGAUGGAACAGUCGUCCCCACCAUUGAUAUCCUCUCACCUUUCAACGGCACAAACUGUAGCAUCCUUGUUGAAAAGCCCAAACUGUUCUUCAUCCAAGCCUGUCGAGGGAAAGACGUGCAGGGGGGUGUGCCGGUGAACAAGAAGCCUGAAGUUGAAGAGACGGACAGGGAACUGGACACAGACGACGGCCAAGUCCAAGACUACACACUUCCACUAUACUCCGACUACCUGGUUUUCAUGGCCAACGUAGAGCAGUAUGUCUCUAUCAGGAACGUGUACACGGGGUCCUGGUUCAUCCAGUCUCUGUGUGGCCAGCUGGAAAAAGGCUGCACCGGCGGGAAAGACAUCCAUGCGAUCAUCACCCUGGUCAAUGCUGAAGUGAGCAAGAUGGACUGCAAACUUCCUGUUAAGGAUAAAGAUGGGAAACGUAUCGGCUGUGAGAAUGUUAAGCAAUCACCAGAUUCCAGAAACACCCUGACCAAGACACUCAUCUUUCCUGCUGAGAUCACUUAUACUUCAUAAUGAACUUUUGAUUUGUUAAUGAAACCCUUCAUCUGUCAACCAUCCAUUUGCUAAUUCUACUGUCAGAUGAAGGUUGUGAUAUGACAGGGUGCUUCCACACAGGCUGUGAAUAGGCCUAAUCAUAUGACGCCAGCUACAUUCCAGUGGUGACAUUUUAAUUUUAUCACUUUUAAAAUGAUGAGACAGGAACCACCAUUACUGUUGGUGUCUUUAUUUACCAGUUUGCUAUAUUUACAUGUAUGUGAUAUUUGAUYUUAUUUAGUUUCAUUUAAGGUAUAUAAGGCAGCUGGGACAAUGUGCCAUGUUAUGUUAUUGAUGCUGAAUAUCACCAGGGAUAUACCAAAAGUGCAGUGACAUUGCUGCAGCUUAAUCAACACAACUAGGCUAUAUUUACUUUAACCAAAAUAGCAAUGUAUUUGAAAUGUGAAGAUAGAACACUGAAUCAUCAUGUUAUGUAAUUAAGUGGAGUUUCAUAGCAAGAAUAACAUUUUAUUGGUAUCUCAACCCAUAGUUUCAAGCUUACUUUAUUACAUGUUUUAARGUUAUCCCYUCUACAUACAACAGAAUGUUUUACCAUAACGUUUUCUUACCUGCCUUUGUUGUCACAUUGAAAUAUUUUAUACAUUUAUAAAUAAAUGUUUAUCUUUUGCCAACAG